AUGGCCGACCAGCAUGAUGCGGUCGGGUUCGUUGAUGCGACGAACCGCCGAACCUUUGAUGUGGAGGCAUAUGCAAAGCGCGCAAAGGAGCGGCUGGAACGCGAGGAAGAAGAGGCGAAAGGCAUCAAACGCAAACCAAAACCCGUACAGCGACCAAACUUGAAGGCUCGCGACUUCAAGGUUGAUUUGGAGUCUCGCGUGGGCAAAACCCGUAUCAUCGACAGCCAGCGCUCGGUCAACAGUGGAUACUACUGCGAUGUUUGCGACUGCGUCCUCAAGGAUUCCGUCAGCUUCCUUGACCACAUCAACGGAAAGAAACACCAACGGAACCUCGGCAUGUCCAUGCGCGUCGACCGCUCCUCUGUCAGCGACGUCCAGCAGAAGCUGCAGGAACUCAAGAGACGUAAAGAGCGCGCGAAGCGGGGCGCGACGGUGGAGUACAGCCUGGACGCGGAGGAGGCGCGCAUGGUGGAGGAGGACGACAAGCGCAAGAAGGCGAAGCGGGAGGAGGCGAAACGCAAGAAGAAGGAGCAGCGCGACCGGGAGUUGGAAGAGCGGCGGAAACGCGUGCAGGAACGCCUCAAGGAACACACCAGCACCACCACCACCACCAGCAGCAGCAGCAGCAGCAGCAGGAGUAGGGUCAAGGAUACACACGAUGAAGAGGAUGUUGAGCAAGAGGGCAUUGACCCCGCGCUGGCGGCGGCAAUGGGCUUCAGCUCAUUCUCAUAA